CAGAUAAAAUUCCAAGAUAUUCAUUCAGUAACAUCACACAACACAACGUAGUAUCUUUGAGAUAAAAUGAACGUGUUGACCUCCGGGUGCUACAUUCCUCAGUUGGCAUGCACCGGUCUAAGGUGGUACAUUCCGUCCGUGUGAGUCAAGGUCAAAACAAAGAUGGCCGCCUUGGGACGGAGGUGGGGGCAGCUAAGCCGGCGAAAACAAACUCUGUUUUCCCCUGCCCAGGACCAUUUCAAUCGGCGUUUUGCAUCGUCUCCGAUAACGGGUUGGCCCAAGGUGGAUCAGGCGCUGAAUGACACCACAGGAGGGAGGGCGACUCGCUGGCUACAGGCCUUUGAAGACUACUUUGGACUGACUGAGAUCAAGGCGGCCCAGCAGAAAGUCAUUGAGGCUGAAGAGCAGUUCCUUUCUUAUCAAGAGAAGAGACGGAGCAAGCAACAUGAGAGAACUACUCUGCAGACAAAGCUAAAUACCAUUAGACUAGAGCUGGACAAAACCAAAAGGGGAGAAGAACGAUUUCUUAAGCUGAUCACAGAGGAGUAUAAAGUUAUUGCACAGGACAACGCUCUGGCCGAGGAGCUGAGCGAAUUUGAAGAGGCGGAGAGAAACUGUUUUCAGCAGCUAUCAGCAGCACAUAGAGAGAGUCAUGAGAAAGAAAGGCUGAAAGCCGAGAGAACCAAAAACUGGAGUUUACUGUUUUCAGGCGUGGUCACAGUAACAGGAUUUGUGGGGUAUAGCAUAACUAAUUACCUUCGCAAUCGAGAGUUGAGACGUAUAGUGAAGUCUUCUACUGGGUCGCAGGAAUUACAAAGCAGGGUAGAACAGCUGGCGGAGACUGUGCAGGGACAGCAAGACAGGCUGAAAACAUUUGUCAAUGACAUCAGUCUUCUUAUAGGGCAUGCAAGUCAAAGUGAAAGUGAAACUAGUCAAAAUGAAAGUGAAACUAGUCAAAGUGAAAGUAAACCUCUAGUGAAUGCAUCACGGAGUAUUUCUAGUGAGCUCUUGGACAGACAGUCAGAAGAGAUCAUAAAUGCUGUGAAACUUCAAGACCAAGCCCUGGAGGAGCAGAUGGCUGAGAUCAAGCACCUAUUGUCUGUACGCGAGGCCAGUGAUACUCCAGGGAACAUUGUGUAUGUAGGUCCACACAUGGAGGAAAUUAUGUUGUACACAGAGAAGAACUUGGAGUGGAAGAUGAAGAUCAAUUCUAUUGUUACUGUGACCAUGGUCUAUGCUGGUUUAGCCAUUGCUGUGCCAAUUUUGUAUGCAAUAUUUAAAGGUGGAGGAUAAGUGUGAUGUGAAAGUGAAACUGGAGAAAGUGAAAAUGAAAGUAGUUGAAGUAUGAGAUAGAUAUGCUUGUGUACAACUAUUUCAUAACUUCUCUCUUGAUCAGAUUUCUCCUUUAUCAUGUUAUUUGACAGCCAUGAUUUCAAAGAAUCAUUUUGUUCUCGUGAAAUGUAUCAUGCAAGAUGUAAUGAAGAACAAUUUCAUCAAUACCUUAAAUCUUAAAGUCUUAUAUACCUUUAUUUUUUGAUUUUAUGUAUUUAUCAAAUUAUGUGCACAGAUUACCGAGAUAGGGAAUUUGGAUUUGUUGAAUUCGAGAUCAAGUCUGAAAGAAAAAUUAAACUAUCAUAUUAAACAGGAAAAA